CUCACUCUCAGUCACACAGCAGCUGUACUGUAGACGCAUCAGUAAGCAGCAGUCAUACUGCCCAGAGACUACCCAGCACCAUGUCCACUUCUCUGAGAGUCAGCCCCUCUGUGCACGGCUACCACUUUGACACUGCCGCCCGCAAGAAAGCCGCAGCCAACAUCUUCCAAGGGGUGGACCAGGACUCCCUGCAGAGGCUGUUCAAAAAGACUGGCGAUAAGAAGGCGGAGGACAGAGCCAGGAUCAUCUUCUGCAUUGACCAGGACAAUGAGGAGAAAGCACGGGCACUGCUGGCCCUGAAACAGCGGACCAGAGAUAAGAUCCUGCAGUUCCUCCGGCUCAGGAAGCUGCCCUUACAGCUCAUCUGAACGCCUUGGCCGCAGAGCUUACAAUCUAAGCGUGCAUAAAGUGAUCCUGAGGCGGAAAGCCGAGACGGCGGUCUGACAAAGCCUGCAAAGUCAUUAAAGACAGGUCUCCAGAGAACGUGCAUACAGACUGUUCCACGGAGCUCGCAAUCUAAUCCACAGAGACUGUACUUGAUGAGUCCGAGACACGUGCUCGGGAGAAACUGGCAGCUGCCGUCAGAGAAGCGAGAGACUGCGCACAUGUAUACAGGGUGACUGUGCCAGCUGAGAACUACAAGCAGGAUGGGGGCAUCUCGCUGUGCCACGGAAAUGGCCCAUCUGGAACUGGCUCCAGCACAAUCCCCUGGCAGGGGCUUUUGGGGAGAAGUAGCCCCCAUAUGGACAAAGGACAAGUUGCUAUAAAUAGACAUAUUUUUACUGGUGCUUAAAAUUCUAAGCUAUUUAUUUGCCGACUAUUUUUGUUAAUAAAUUUUAUUUUUAUAAUUUUA